AUGACCACAUCCACCUCCUCUUCACCGUCCGCGCACCAAGACCCCGACGAAGGGUUCGAAGAGGACAACCUCUCCCCAGCAGACUUGAACAACGACAACUACGGAGGCCUCUCUCAGAGCAACCGCCCUCACACUCCGGCGAACGACCACCUCAACGCAGCCGCACCCGGCGAACUCUCCCCACCGCGAUCGCAGAGGCAAAGCCAAAGCGAAGACCUCCAGCAACCCACGUCACAAGCAAUGGCCAACGGCACGGCGACGCGCACCUCAGCCAGGGUCGCUGCCAUGGCCGGAAAAUCUGAAGCGGAAGCACAAGGCCAGGCGACAGCGACACCCGACGAUCGAGACGGCCGGGGCAAGCCUGAGAGGGCGUGGCGCAGCAAGAAGGCCCAGGAAGAGAGGCAGCGCGCGUGGGAAAACAUUGUAGAUCGGGACUUCAGUCUCAAGGAGUUUGGAGAUGUCAUGUUGCAGGGCAAGGCGCAGGGAUCUCGAUGA